UUGAGCCUUGUCUUUGGAGGCGCCGGUAUGAAGGACGAUAAUGCACCACUGUCAUGCUGGGGCGUCAAGCCUGGAUCGAAUAUUGUCGUGAAUGGGAUCAAACCAACCGAGGAACAAAUCAAAGCGAUGACAACGAACGGUGAUCCAGAGGAAUAUGCUCUCAUCCUUCGAAUCUCUGGAUCCCUUGCAAAAUCCAAAGACUUUGUCUCGGAAUACCUUCCCAAGUAUGAAGAGGAAGCUGCAGCCUAUCUGGCUUCUAAACCGGCGGCGUUCUCGAUGCAGGCCAUGCCCCCUCCUCGCAAGAAGCUGCACGACCAGCAUGGCAUGAUGUCCGAGAUCCUGUUACAGUCCCUCUUGGCACUUGACGGCGUCACAUGCAAACCAGACUUUGAAGUUGCGCGCGUCAAGAGGCGGGAGGCCGUGAAGGAGACCCAAAAGCUACUGGAUGUCAUUGACGCUAUCAACGCACGAGUCAAGGAGUGCGAUCGAGUAGCACGUCUUUAA